CACUCUUUUAAAAUUAAAAUUGCUACGAGGGAGUUCUCACAGGGAGAAAAUAAUACGCAAAAACCUCCGCGAUGUUUCCGAUUGUGUCAAUCUUCCUGACACAUACUUACUCAAGAACUGUGGAGUCAAUCGAGUGGUGUUCCAUCGAAUUCUAAUAAUAUUGGAACCUGUCGUUCCCAAAACACAAAGAUCAAAUGGUAUACCAUUUCCUUUAAAGGUACUGCUGACAUUAUCAUUUUCUGGCUAAUGGGUCCCAUCAGAAGUCAGUAGGCAAAGAUUUCAAUGUCAAUAUUUCACAAAAAUCUGUGAGUAGGGUCAUUAAGAUCAUUGUUGAAGGACUCAACUUUGUUUUGGAUAAAUGGGUGAUAUUUCCAAGUAGUUCCCUUCAGAGAGAAGAAAUCAAAGAUGGGUUUUACAGGAAGUAUGACUUUCCUGAGACUAUUGGAUGCCUAGAUGGUACUUAUGUUGAGAUAGUGUGUCCUAGGGAUGAUGAAGAAGCAUUCUAUGACAAACAUUGCCAGUACUCGAUACAUGCACAAAUUAUGUGCGACGUAGAUAUGAUGAUAACAGCAGUGUGCUGCCGUUUCGGCGGGGCGUUGAGCAACGCGUACAUCUGGCACAAGAUGAACAUCCGGCCCUUCGUCGAGCAAGUUAGCAAACAGGGCGAGACUGGCUGGAUUAUUGCUGACAACAAAUAUCCGCAAAGACCGUGGCUCAUGACACCAAUCCCACACGCGCCCCAAGGCAGCCCAGAAUCCAAAUACAACCACUUCCACGCCCGCACGAAAUCCUGCAUCGACCGCUGCAUAGCCACGCUCAAGGGCCGCUGGCAGUGCCUUUACAAAAGACCCUUACACUACUCACCGCAAAGAGCCGCGAAGAUUAUCAACGCUUGUGCUGUACUGCAUAAUCUAUGCAUAAAGGCUGGGCUGGAAACAGAGCCUUAUGUGGAAACUGAGGAGCCUACGGUGAAUGAAUCUACGGAAUUGCCUGAAGAUAAUAUCAAUGACUUGUAUAUUGGUAUGGAAGUGAGACAACAGCUAGCAGAACGAAUUUAUUAUAGUGUUUAAGGUUGCGCCAGACUAAAAAUUAAAACGAUAAAUGGAACUUUUCAUUCUCGAAAUAUAAAUCUUGGUCAUAU